CAACCCAGUAGAUGGCGGUAAUGCCUCAAAAACAAGAAGAACUACUCCUUCCCUCCCUUCUAGUAGGAGCCAUGUCAACUGCUGCCACCCAGCGGCCGGAGAAAUUCUCUUCAAAUUGGUCCCGUGAAAAAUCAUAAAAGCCGGACAUUUUUAUGAAUUUAUAAAACCCGCCCGGACGACGAGGAUACUCCGUGAAAGUAGGACUUGUCCGGGCAAAAGAGGACGUUUGGUCAUCCUACUUAUACUUUUACUUAUACUUUUACUUAAGUUAAAAAAAGGAAGUACUUCAUCCACCACUGUCCUUAAUUGAUUACAUUUUUCGCUACUCUACCAACCUCUGGUGAGGUCUAGGUUAUGUGCUUAAAGCAUGAGGUCAGCUGACUACAUGAUAAAAAUAUAAUGAAUAACAGGGUUAUUCCAUCAACGAUUUUUUCCCCCAUGGUGGCACGUAUCAUACCCCUUUUACUGACCGUUCUGCAAGGAAAAGGGCUCGCGCAAGUGACAAUGUGUUUUGUCCCACUGAGUUUGCUGUCGUUUGCAAUCCAAGAUGGUCGACCCGUAGCGCAAGCGCAGAUCAAUUUACCACCGAAAUUAAACAGUGGAAGGAAAACGAACAUCGGACCAAGAUUUCAACAACUUUUUGGAGGAAAUAUGAACUAUUUCGACGGAAUCAAAUCUGCACUUCUAGAGAAAGACCGGUUCACGAGUGACCGAAGUGGAUGAUGAUCUCGUCACAAUCAAAUUCUACCCCAUCAUACACCUUCGUGUCCGAUUAACCGCCGAUUAUGAACCACUCUCCGCAAUUAUCUGAGGAAAGCAAGUCCACAGGAGGUGAAGUACUGUGCAGGCUUGGUAUGGAGUCGGAUAGGAGGAUUUGUUCCACAGAGAGUGUCGGGCUAGCCCCGAGCCCGAAUAGAGAAACUUCCAGUUCCAGCCCUCCGCUUCUGCUUUCGCCGGGGCUUGGAGGCCUGGGAGCCUUGGGCAUCAUGGGCGAGGCCGCCGGGGCCGAUUGGGAGAGCAGAGAAGAGCUGCGACUGCGAGAGCUGGAGGAAGCCCGGGCCAGAGCGGCUCAGAUGGAGAAAACCAUGCGCUGGUGGUCAGAUUGCACUGCAAAUUGGAGAGAGAAAUGGAGCAAGGUUCGUGCAGAGCGUAACCGUGCACGUGAUGAUGUCCGCCAAUUAAGGCAGAGGCUUGACGCCUUGACCAAGGAGCUGACUAACGUUCGUCGGGAACGUCAAGAACUUGCAUCGGAGAAUGAAAUGCUACGAAAUGAUGGGAUGCAUCUUCACGAUGAAUCAACAGCUCUUCCAGCCAGAGGUUCUACGUCUUCCCCUCCACACCACAUAUGUGCUUUUUCUGCCUCUUCUAGUCCAUCUGUUUCACCUUCUGCUUUUACCUACUCACCCUCCACUAUGCAAGUCAACACUGAUUGCCACCAUGACAAGUUAGGUGAAGGGGUAACUCCAUCACCAGAGCCAGAACCAGUGAAGGACAUGGAUACGAGCGCACGAAAAAAAGUUCAACAAAAGAUGGUGCUUCUUCAGUCAGUGCUCCAUUUACAAACUCCAGUGGACAACGAUCAAGGGGCCUGGGAUAACCAGAGAGGAAAUAGUGACAUUAUUCCAUCAAGCACCUUCGUGAGCCGACAAGAACGCAAAAGGCAGCUGUGGGGAAUCAACAGCACCACAGAGGAUGACCUAAGCAAACUCCAUGUGUUACAGCUUCGUCUGGACGAGUCCCAAAAAGUCCUGCUGAAGGAGAGAGAGGACAAGCGUUCAUUGAUUAAGAACAUUGAGAAAUUGGAGACAGAUCUCAACCAGUGGAAACUAAAAUAUGAGGAUCUUAACAAAAGCAAACAGGAAGCCCUUAAACAGCUAAAUCUGUUGAGGGAAAUGCAUCAAGAUGAACUUGGCCGUAUAUCUGAAGACCUGGAGGACGAACUGGGAGCCCGUACUAGCAUGGACAAGAAACUAGCUGAAUUACGAACUGAGAUGGAGAGGUUGCAGGUAGAAAAUGCAGCAGAAUGGGGUCGCCGAGAGCGUUUGGAGACAGAGAAACUGGCACUGGAGAGGGACAACAAGAAGCUGAAGGCUCAGACUGAAGAUCUAGAAGAACAGAUUGCAAAGAAAUGUCGCCAGGCUGCAUCAGCAAUCAGCACUGACUUGAAGGCCAUCCAGACUGAGUUGUUUGAGAAAAACAAGGAGUUGGCUGACCUUCGCCACAUUCAUGCUAAGCUGAAGAAGCAGUUCCAGGAGAAGAUAGCAGAGCUAACCCAUGCGAACCGGAGAGUGGAAAGCCAUGAGGCUGAGGUCAAAAAACUGCGACUUCGAGUGGAAGAGCUAAAGAAAGAAUUAGGACAGGCUGAAGAUGAGCUGGACGAGUCCCAUAACCAGACAAGGAAACUCCAGAGGUCUUUGGAUGAACAGGUUGAGCAGUCCGAGAACCUGCAAGUACAACUGGAACACUUGCAGUCAAGGCUUCGCCGCCAGCAGCUGAGUCCUGGUCUGUUUGGGAAGAUGCGAUCAGCUCGGUUCAGUCCUGAUAACCCAGAUGGCUCAACUAGUGACAUUGAUGAGGAAGAAGAGCAACUGCAUCUCCAGAUUCAUGGAUGACACUUAUAUGUAUUGUCAGUGUUUACCCAAAUGUGUAUCUUCAAAAAUGCCAAUGAGCUAAAUAAGAUGAUAUAGCUAUGGACAUAAAAAGGGAGGUGCCCAUCUACAAUGAAAAACUGCAUAAGUUGAAAGGGGAUCUAGACUAAAACUAAACCAAACAAACCUGUGUGGCUUAUCUAGCCACACUGUUUUAGGCAAAACUGCAUUUUGUCUCCUUGGUUUCUGGAGCAAGAGUAACAUUUAUCCUGUAUUUUUUGUUAUUUCUUCUUGAUUUUAUCUCUGGACUGCAACAAUAAGCCACUCUCAGACACACGCUGAACUGCGGUUAAGUGCUGGGAUUUAAACGGGUAGCCCUUAUAUCUGAAAGCUAUUUCCCCGGUCGACUGAUAUGGAGAUGACACGGACAUGAGUCGCAUCCUAGUAUAAUGUCUGGGACAUUCAUGUAUGAAAACAGCCGGUUAUUUCACGGGUCACGGCGCGAAGGCUGAUGACGUAUAUAUCAUGGCGGGUUGAUCGUCAUUUCCUCUUUCUUUGCAGUGAGACAAAAAGAGGUAAACAAAAAUCGCAAUUAUCAACAUGGCAAACUGGAAAGAUAGCAAAUUUAAACUGGAAACAUAACAAAAAUACAUUGCUACUGGAUCUUAGAGCCAAGGAAGAGACAGUCCAUUCUCCAGCUUUGGAAAUGUGUGGUUUAUUCUGUUGCCACGCCGACCAAAAAUGACAUGUCCGGUUAUAAAAUCCCGUCCCCUGCCCAUCCUGCAUAUGGAGCGCCGAGUCGCCAACAACACGUCGGAAAGUGUCCAACCCGGGUAAUUCCCGGUAUACCUCCCCACGUCUAAAAGCCAUGAAACGGGUAAAUCCCACGUCACACAUGAAUUUAGCGGUAUAUACUGCAAGUCUGAAAGGGGCCAAUCUCAUUCAAGAUUAUCUAACUUGGAAUGAGAUGGCAUUUCUAAGAGCAGUUUUAUCUGUCUGAAAAGGACCGUGAAAAUCGUACCUCAUUGUAAAAUUUCAUCUAUGUCCACUCAUUUUUCAUGAUGGUUAAAUUGUCAUUUGAAAUAUUUACAAUCUAACAUUUCGUUUUUCCUUUCAUUGCUCUCAAAUUUCGGGAGAAAGUCUGCUACACUGAGGUUGUGCAAUUGCUCUCGAGCAAGAAGUGGCACAUCGGGAUUUUCUCCUAAAAGCAAAUCUCGGGGCAUUUUUGGCACAGUGACUGUGUCUUUGAGAACACGCCAAGUGUAUGUAAAAAUUUGGUGGACAAAACAUUUUGAACUAGGCCUGAACGAUAUAUCGUUUGAAGAUCGUCACCGCGAUGUGCAAUACUCGCAUCGCAAGGAUGUGCGAUAUUUCAAAUAUAGCGCAAAAACACAAACUCGUUUUUCUGCUUCAUGCUCAUACGGCGCCACAGAUUCACUCACGCUUUGACGCUCACGCUGACGAGAACAGCCUCUCACUUACACAAUGGAUGAGUUGCCUUUGAUCGUAGAGCUACUGAGUGGUCGAUGCCCAGAUCAAAGCUACAACCCGGUCAAUCAUUGUUAACUUUAAGUACCAAACGCUAGCUGCACUGGUGACCAAGAAAAGUUUGGUCGCAUUGCUUAGUAGGAGGGAGGUGUUUGAGGCUGAGUGGACUCAAUGAAGUAUUUAAGUAAGAAAAUCAUUUUUCUAAGUCAUUCUUGUUUGAAAAUAAUUCCCGUUAUGAAGGAGGCAUGGUGGGACAGUGGUUAGAACGUCCACCUCAUAGUUCUGGGAUCGUGGGUGGCCUUCCUGUGUGGAGUUUGCAUGUUCUUCCCGUGCCUGUGUGGGGUGUUUUUGGGGUUCCUGCUGGUUGAACACUCUAAAUUGUCGAUAGGUGUGAGUGUGUACGUCAAUGGUGGUGUGCCCGGCUGGCAAUCAGUUCAGGGUGUAUCCCACCUUCUGCCUGGAGUUAGCUGUGAUGGACUCCAGCACCCCCCACGACCCAGAAGAUGAAUGAAUUAUAUGAAUGUUCUGGCGAGUGAUGAAAAAUGUGUGUGCGCGCCUACAUUUUGUGCUGGUGCACCUUAAGAAAAAAAGUUGGGCGCACUGGUGCAACCAAUGCAAAAAGUAACUGUGGAGUCUUGGCAAUAUAUCGUUCAGGCCUAUCCCAAACAGCUAUUCAAGUCAUUUGGUGAAAAUUCUUCUAUUUUUAGUAUAAUAUCGUAAUAUAUCGCAACCCCUCACCCCCAAAAAAAUCCCAACAAUAGUUGUUGUUUUUUUCCUAAAUAUCGCUAGAGGGGAGAAGUAACGCAUUACAUAUACUCGAUUACAUUUACUUGAGUAACUUUUUGAGAAAACUUAUUUGUGAAGAAAAAACGCUACUCUGCUACUUUGGGCAAGUGUCAUUACAUUUUUCCUGUUUAUUGUACACAAGCUUGCCAUACUAUGAGCACGUCAAUCGCGUGUAGGCUUGCCACCCAUCCCUUGAAAUACGGAAUCGUUCCGUAAUUGGGAAUUAAAAGUUGCGUUCCAUAUUGAACCAAUACGGAACGCAGUUUAUUCCGUAUUUCACAAUUGUCCCAUGGUGCAACCCCGCGCGACCCGCGGCUCCGAUGGCACGCCCAGCACAUUCACGUCUGUCACACGCAAACACAGACCCGCGCUCUUAAGUGAACAAUGAGCCAACAAUAAUGAACAAAAAGGGCAGGAGAGAUUAAAGACAGCAAAAUAGUUAUCUGCAUGCCCGCUGCCGUCUGCCCUGCCCUGCCCUGCCCUGCCCUGCCCUGCCCUGCCCUGCCCUGCCCUGCCCUGCCCUGCGCUGUGCUCCACUUCCGGGUAGGUUGCCUAGUUACGGAAGUUACCUCGCUGGAAUGUUGAUUUUUUUUUUUUUUUUUUUUUUUAUUUCCGAAACAUGCAUUUAUUAUCAGUCAAUAUAGAAUGAAUUUAUGUACCCAUAAAGAACAUCUUAUUUUGUUAUGCUAACUAAUGCUCCUCAUUUGGAAUUAUUCCUAAGCGAUUAACAGCAAAUAAACACUGAAUUAAUAGUCUUAAUGUGAAUAUAUACUAUCAAUUGAUUGAUUAAUAGUGAUACCAAAAUUAAAGCAAUAAUUUGACAUCAUCCCACUCCUACCCUCUAAAUUACUGCAGCUGAGGUGACACAGGUAUACCACACAGUACAACAUGGCCAGAGCCACAACAGUGCUGACGGUGGAUACAAGCUCAAUCAAAAGAUUCUAUGUGAUUCCAAAAUGGUGAAGAAAAGGACUUUGGGGAGAACAAAGCAAGAGGCACUGUUGAAACAAGUCCUGGUUCCGAAGGCAGUGGGUGUUGUGCUCAAGAUCUUAACGUCACCCAUCCCAUUCUCCAUAUAGACCAAUCCCUCGAAUAAAUUGAGCAGGAAGUCCAGAGUCUAGGCUCACCAACAAAACGCUGGACUUCAUAGAGAAUGCAGACGAGUCAGCUGCUGGAAUUGUAGCUCCCCUGGAACAUUCCCUUGAAAAAUUUGGCUUGUCAAUGGAUCACGUGACUGCAUUCAGUGCUGACAACAUAAAUGUUAAUUACGGUAUUCACAACUGUUUUCACUAAACUGCAGGAAAAAAAAAGAAAAAAAAUCUGCUGCAAAAAAACUGCCAUGCCCACAUAGUGCACAAUACAGUUUUCUAAAUUUCUAUGGAUUUUAGGAGUUUUGAGGAUGUCCCUUUUUCUUUUGCGCCUGUAAGGCUUCGGGCGCGAGGGGGGGGCGUCCCUUAUUUCUAUUUCUGAAAGGUGGCAACCCUAAUCGCGUGGCGUCUUCAAAGCAACGUAAAAAUGAAGUAUUUGACAUAGAGCGCUAGGGGUAUGCCAUCUGAGGCACCCCACUAUUCGAUUCGAUUACAAUUCGGGGUUCAACGAUUCAAUCGUUGAACGAUGAUCACGGUAUUGACGAUGAUCACGAUUAUUGAUGCAUCAUACAUUAUUAAUUAAUAAAGUAGCCAGACAAAUUUAUGUCAAUUAUGUAUUUAAAAUAUCCUAAUGAUUCAACAGGAACGAUUGAAACAUGCCCAUACAACAAAAAGCUGCCCUUAAGCUACUUUUUUUGUUUUUUCUAUACACAAGAAAGUGCAGUAACACGAACCAUUUCAAAGGCAGUACUUAUUUCUCAACAUGCCUAUACAACACAAAGCUGACCUAAGCGGCUCUUUUUCACAAGAAGGUGCAAAAACAUUAGCUGUUUCAAGGGCAGUACUUAUUUCUCUCAACAAUACAAUAACAUUUACACUGGUGGAAUGAAUCUCACAAUCGAUGUAUUGCCACAACUUUGUAGAGUGCUUCCCUCAACAUAAAUCUCCCAGUUUUUAUCUGGAACCGAUUGACCACGGAAAACCAGAGAUAUGAUCCUUUUAAUUUCAUAAUAGUCACUAUGAAGGAAGUUUUCACGAUUCAAACUAGGAACUAUUUUCUCCACUAGAGGGCACUAAUGCUUUUUGGACGACUAAAGCUUCAUUUCUUUUUUUUUUUCUCUCUCUCUCUCACCGAAAUUCAAUUUAUUAUUAUUAUUACUUUUUUAUUUUAUUUUAUUUUAUUUUGUAUUUUUGUAAUGGGUUAUUGUACAGUAUUAUAACAACUGUUCAUAUGGAUAAGUUUGUGCUGAGAGA